UCAAGUUGACAUUUGGUUGAUCGCUCGUGCAGCUCGGUAAUUUCUCGCGGUUUUAAAUUGUAUGCAGACAAAAGCUUCACCGUAAAAUUUUGUAGAUAAAUUCGACUAUUGUUGUUUUGUAAUGUGCAUUUGUGUAUAACAUUAAUAUAGUUAGUGCAUUGAGUAUUCCUGUAUAAGUUUGGAAUAGUGCAUAUAUUAACGGUAAUGGCUGCAGAGACGGUGCAAAUAAAACAAGAACCGCUAGAGAUAAUCUACGCUGCGGAAAUGGGUGAAUUCGAUGCUGACGCCGCCACAAUUGGCAGCAGCAGAAGCAAUAAAGGUUUUGCCGUUGGUGUAGGCAGAGGGGCAUGUUAUGAUUUUGGUAGCACUGCUGAUGCUGCUACUAAAUUUCCAUCCAAUGUAACAAUAAAAGUGGAACCUAAUGUUUAUACGUAUGCUGAAAACUACAAUAAUGGUUAUGAUUUUAAUACGCAGAAAAUGGUGGCGGGGAGUGCGAACAUGGUCGAAGACGUACAAAUAAAAGCUGAACCUGAAGAUGAUUUCGCGUAUGCCCCCGCCGAUAGUUUUAACAUUUCCGAACAGCUUUCUGAAACAACCAAACCUCAGGAACCUUCAAAUUACAUAGGUGCAGAUUUUCAAGUGGUGCAGGAGCAUGAAAACAUGAUAACUGUAAGCGCCUCCGACUCGAUAGAACAAAAUCAUGAGUUAGCCUUUUUGCAAAAGUUGCAAGCCAAUUACCAAGCUGAUUAUAUAGCGAAACGUAAUCGAAGAACCCGGAAAUCCAUCAUCUGUAAACUUUGCAUGAAACGCUCUUUUCAAGAUACACAUUACGCACACCACAUGGCCCAGCAUAAGUUGAAUCGUAUGUUUUGCGUAAGAAAGACCUGUGACACUUGGUUCGGAUCUUUAGAGGAUUGUGAGCAACAUGAAUUUGACCAACAUGAUAUUAGGCAAUUGAAAUGCAAUGUUUGCAAUCAUAAAUUUCACGACUUCUAUCAAUUGAAUCAACAUAAAGUUAAAAUGCACAGUAAACUGCACCGCUUUGUCUGUUCAUUGUGUCGUGAGUGGUUUAUUAAUAUGGCAGAGCUACAAGAACAUUGGACUUCCUUGCCUGAUGAGUGUGGCCGUUUAGCAUGCAUACAGAGAGAAACACCGGCAAAGAUACUACAGCUACUAAAAGAAAAACAAAAAGUGACAAAACACAAUUCAUACAAAAUUAAAUGUGCUUCCAAAACGGCGCCCCCCGGUUUGAAAUUGCGUUUAAAACCAAUAUUGCCCAAUAAUAAUAUCAACACCCCACACAUACCUACCCAAAAGACACCUCAAACAAUUGAAAUCAAGCAAGAGCCUGUAGAUUAUGAAACAAUUUUGCCAGAUUUCCCUAUAGUGGCUAAUAAUACAAAACCCCUUGAAAAUUAUGAAGUAGUACAACCUACUCCAACGUUGAGUAAAAAUGAUUUGGCUGCGCCUCCAGUAAAACUGCGCCUACGUAAGCAACCACUGAGUGUUUUGCCAGUCGAAAGCGAGCCAGCAACUUUAGCACCAGCAAAACAAACUGGUCCCGGCACAUUAGGGCAUGCACUUGCACAGCGUAUUACCUCGAAAUUCUCAUUGAAAAGCGUACCAAAAAUGUUUCAAAUAAUAAACAAAGUCAGUGAAUUCAACAGCCCUACCACUACGCCCAAAACUUCACCUCAGUCACCAUCUAAAGUUAACAUAAAUACCACAAAUUCUGAAACAGUUCCUAUAAAGUUUGAUUCGCCACCAAAGAUGAUAAAAUUGCCAUCAAAUUUUAAAAUUGUUAAAAUGAUGCCAACGACACAACUCCGUUUAAUACAGUUGGUGAAAUCUAACUCGCCACCUAACACUGCGGCAAGCGCCGAAGAAGCUAUCCCAAAAUUCGAAACACCUAAUCGCUACUUUCAAAAGAAGGAGGUCGAAGUGCCAUCCUUAGAUAAAACGGUUGCCGCCGCUAAACUUGAAUCUGUUACAAAAACAAAUAAGGAGUUAAGUUUGACUGAAUUAUUGAACGAAGCAAUUGUGCGUGAAGAAAUAAAUACCAGUGAACCAAUUGACUCAAAGUUAGAAGAAGCAGUAGUGCAAGAACCAGCAAAAAUGGAAAUUAUUGAAAUAAAAAAGGAAUUAGACGAGGAAAUGUUGGUGCUACAAAAUGAGAAUUCAGUGUAUGCGGCGAAUUUCAGUGACAAUUCAAUGGGCAGCAAUAGUACGGCGACCAUGCAAAAUACAAAUUCCGAGGAUGGCAGUGGAGAACUACGAAAACGGCCACACUCUCCACACAUAACCAGAAAUAAUGCUCGUAGUAAACCCAAGAAGGUGCCUGAAGGCUACAUCUGUCCAAAGUGUGGUCGACGCUAUUCGACGCAAUCAAUGGUUAAAGAGCAUUUGAGUAACAAUUGCGGGCGCAAUCCACAGCACCAAUGUGAUAUAUGCCAUAAAUGUUUCUUUUCAAACAGCACACUAAAUUGUCAUCGUACCAUACACACGGGCGUGCUGCCACACAAGUGCAACUACUGCGAAAAACGGUUUCGCACACGCGGGCAAGUCACUGUACAUCAUCGUACGCAUACCGGCGAACGCCCAUUUGUUUGUGAAAUAUGCUCACAAAGUUUUACACACCGUGAAACGCUUAUAUCACAUCUAUCGCGUCACAUUGGCAUGAAACGUUACAAAUGUUAUGGCUGCAACAAACAAUUCUCCUGUAUUAGCGGAUUGAGUAUGCAUCGUUCAACGCGUCCAGCUACUUGUGGCCAAUUUGAACUUAAUUCGCGUGCGAUUGGACCGCGCGUACGUGUCAUACGUGGGCGUGUGGUAUUCGAACCACAGCCGGUAGAUGGUGAUGAUGACGAUGAGGUCAAGGAUGUUAGUGGCGUGAAUAUUGCUGGAGAAGCGCCCAUAACGGAUGUUUUGACAGAAAUUCAAAAUACUGCUGGAGAAGCACCCAUAACGCAAAUAUUGACAGAAAUUCAAGGUACUGGUGGAGAAGCACACAUAACUGAGGUAUUGACAGAAAUUCAAAAUAAAUAGCGAUUGCUUUAAUAUUA